AUGGCUGCGCAAAGCAACGGAGAAUUUGCCAAUCCUAGAGACCGUCGCGAGGAUAUCCGCAACCUGGAUUUCAACGAAGCUCUGCACCACGCACUGAUGCUUGUUCAGGCUCGACAUCCCUCCAAAUUUGAGGCUCUUGCCUCUACCACGUUUGGUAUGCGGACAUGCCCUAUCCGAAAUUAUGCAAUGGGAAUGCCACAGCACAACAUCUUCACGGAAGGUGCUUUUCCAGAGAUACUUCACUGGCUGCCCGAGCUAUGGUGCCUUCCAGAGGAGAAUGAGUUGGCCAAGAUUGAGGCUCUCAUAUGUCAGCCCACCGACCUGGACAACCCUUUGGUGAAAACGAAAGAGAACGGAACGCUACAACACUCUUCAAAGCAGCAGAGAGACUGUAUGCGGACGAUCUUCAUCGAUGAAGAGUUCAAGGCGGUGUCCCGUCCGGUUUCUCAUGCGCGCGGUUUCAUACCGUUCUGUCUGGAACAUCCCAAGCUUCACAUCGUCAGGCAUAUAGGUAUCGUGAGAAACCUGCUCCCGGCUCUGAUCGUCCAGAGGAUAGAUAUACGAGAUACCACAAUCAUGGGUAGUCAUUGUCUAGACGUGAUGGUCCCCUGGAUCGAAGAAACGCUGUUUUUAGCGUCUUACGGGAUGUCAGUACAUUCUUUCCAGCUUCGUAUCGACGGUCGCGGUACAGAGGCGGCAGAGGCUUGGAAAUUACUGAAAUACGUGGCGGCUACACAGGAGGCUUUACUCAGGCAGCGCAAAGCAAGCGGUGGUCCGCUCGAGCCUAGACCGGCACCGUUACACUAUGCCGAUUGUCUUCUUGGCGUCUGGAGUCUCCCAGCAGGGUUUGCACGAAUGAUUCGAGACAUUGCAGAACGUAGAUCUAUGGUUUACUACGAUGGGGAAGUUGGUGAGCUCUGGGAUGAGGAAGAGUUCUUUCAGCAGCGAAAAGAUUGGACAGAUGAUGACUGGGAAGAGGAUUGGAAAGUGAAGGUCACAUUUACGGAGGCUAUCGCCACGGAUUGCUGGCCUUCUAUUUUCAACAAGUACAGUAACCGGUCUGAGGUUUGA